UCCAGCAGAGUCCAGUAGCUGCAGUACACACAGGACAGCCAGAAGACAGACUGAAGAUACUAAAGGGGAACCUUUUCCUUGGAAUUAAAAAAGGAAACACUCCAGCAGACAAGCUUUGCUGCAGAUGCCAUGGGCUGCUGGAAGCAAGAGAAAAGCAACACCUGGACGUUUCCCACCCUGAUCCUCUGCCUCUAUGGAUUCUUCUACAUGAUGAAACCAUCAGAACCUUUCCUAACGCCUUAUCUAACAGGGCCAGAUAAAAACCUGACCAUAGAUGAGGUUACCAACCAGAUUUUCCCAGUGUGGACAUACUCCUACCUCGCACUCCUUUUCCCAGUCUUCCUGAUCACGGACUACCUGCGCUACAAGCCCAUCCUCCUCCUCCAGGGCAUCAGCUUCAUCGCCACCUGGCUCCUGCUGCUCUUUGCACAAGGGGUGCUGGCCAUGCAGAUGGUGGAAUUCUUCUACGGGAUGGCGACAGCCGCCGAGGUCGCCUAUUACGCCUACAUCUACAGCGUCGUCAGCACCGAUCGCUAUCAGAGAGUGACGAGCUACUGCAGAAGCAUCACCCUGGCUGCAGCCACCCUUGCCGCCGUGCUGGGGCAGCUGCUGGUUUCCUUAGCAGAUGUAUCCUACUUUCACCUCAACGCCAUCACUUUGGCUUCCGUGUCCCUGGCAUUUGUGGCUUCCUUUUUCCUCCCAAUGCCCCAGAAGAGCAUGUUCUUCCACAGGAAAGACGUCCCAGUAGCUCUGCCAGGACCAGAUCAAGUCGUGGCUACAGUCAGCUCCCACCGGCCCUCAAGCUGCCCAGAGGACAAGGGCUCUGGAUCUGCUGGCAGGGAACCCACACCUGAACAGCAGGCAGGUCGUGCCCAGCCCCAGAAUGGUGUGCUCAGAGUGCUGGUGCAGCUGAGCCAGGACCUGAGGGACUGCUACAGCUCUAGGAAACUUCUCUACUGGUCCCUCUGGUGGGCUCUGGCUACAGCAGGCUUUAACCAGGUUCUGAACUACAUCCAAGUGCUGUGGGACUUCAGAGCCCCCUCUCACAGCUCUGCAGUGUACAAUGGAGCUGUUGAAGCAAUAGCAACUUUUCUGAGCUCGGUAACAGCUUUUGUAGUGCAAUACAUGAAAAUUAACUGGGACCUUUUUGGAGAACUGGCUUUAGGGAUCUUCUCUGCAAUAGAUGCUGGUUUUCUAUUUCUCAUGUACUUUACUGCCAAUGUCUGGGCAUGUUACGCCAGUUAUCUCACUUUCAAAGCAUGUUAUAUGCUCCUCAUAACAAUAGCAACGUUCCAGAUUGCGGUCAGUCUGAGCAUGGAGCGCUACGCCUUGAUGUUCGGAUUCAACAACUUUGUUGCACUGGGGAUUCAGACCAUUCUUACAGCAGUGGUUGUGGAUUCAAAAGGCCUAGGACUAGACAUAGUGACUCAGUUCUUAAUUUACAGCAGCUACUUUGCAGUCAUAGCUGGGAUCUUCUUGACCAGAAGCAUUUGCAUGCUUGUGUCAAGCAAAUGCAAAAGAAAAAAAGCAAGAUCUUGCAAAGAGCAUCUGAACCAUGCUGAAGACAAAUCCAAAGGGCAGAUUGCAGCUGGCUAUAUGACACGGCUGUAGGAGUCAGGGAGACAGGCUCACGUGCCCAGGCCCUUGUGGGAGAAGAGCGCCUAUUGCAGCACACAGGGAACAGCAGAGCAAGAUGAGAAGUUCUACACAGCCCUGAAAAAAAUAUGCUGAAUCAUCCCAGCACUUUGUUACAACAUAUGCCACAAGAGAUCACCACAAUGGCACUGUGCCAAGAAGAAAAGAUAAGUUGCUUCAGAUUCUUACUUACUCACCUAUAAAUAGCUUAACAACAGUUGUCUGUGUGCAAGAACAGAGCAAGCACCUCAGCAUCCCACUGUGCUCAAAGGCAAAGAUCCGAGUUCGCCUGCCGUGCUGGUUCUAGCUCCUGUAUGUGGUGCUGUCCAGCUGCUCCAUG